ACAUUGUCUAAGCCCAACACUGUCUCUGUUGUCGUUUCUUUCUGUUCUCAGCUACUGUACAGUGUGGUUGAUGAGGCCUCCAGCCAGCCUCUGACACCCAGCCGAGGCACUGUGACAAAGGCCCUGUCUGCCCGCCGCUACUACCACACAGACCCCAGCACAGGCAUUCAGCUGGUCUGUGACAAGUGCCCCGCGGGCACCUUCGUGUCCAGACACUGUACCCAGACCAACGUGAGGGAUUGCAGCCGCUGUGACGAGGGCACAUUCACGCACGGAGAGAACGGGGUUCAGCAUUGCCACCGCUGCAGGAGGCCCUGCCGCGCGCCCCUCGUUGAGAAGGUCCCCUGCACGGCCACCUCAGACCGGAUCUGCACCUGCCCUCCAGAAACCUUCGCCCAGGGCGACAGCUGCACGGCCCACUCUCUGUGCCCUGUGGGCUCAGGGGUUAAGAAGAGGGGCAACGAUGUGGAGGAUGUGCGAUGUAAGGCAUGCGCAAGGGGGAGCUUCUCGGAUAUGGUCUCCAGUGUGUUGAGGUGCAGGACACACACAGACUGCCUGGCCCAGGGUCUGCCCCUACUGGCAGCGGGCACUAGAGAGACAGACAACAUCUGUGGACCUGCUUCUCCCACCUCCCCCACCCUUCUGGGACCUGCACAGUCUGCCUUCGUCCAGGAGCCCUCCUCUUCCUCCUCCUCAGCUGGCCCAGUACAUAAAGGUAAGGCAGUGCCCUGGGGCAGUGGACCCGACUCCCUCAACUACUUUACAUCUGUUGCUCCCCCACCCUGGCUAUGUUGUGUUUCAUUUGAGUAUCACCCUAGACAUGCCCUCAGGGGGUUGUCAUUCUCAUGUAGAAACUCUAGGGGAAACCCAGACUGUAGAACAGGCUUGUGUUCCUAAAAGACCUGUCCCCACAUGGCUGUUAUUCUCCCCUAUUUAGUCUGGCACGUCAAACAUUGGCCCGGCUAGUACUAUACACAGUGAUAAGGUGACAUGUUUGGGGGGCCAGUAUGAAAAUAUAUGCACUCACUAACUGUAAGUCGCUCUGGAUAAGAGUGUCUGCUAAAUGACUAAAAAUGUAAAAAUGUAAUGUUUGGUCUUGUCACAGACAACACUGCUUUGGUGGAAAACAUGUUGUUGUUUCCAUACCAUUCCCAGACUACUCACUUCCUUGUUCUCAGUCUAGUCCGUAAAAGGUAAUGUCUGUAGAGGGGAAAGGGGAAUAACCUGGGUAAAAGGUUGCCCUUUUACUUAAAUACAUCACAUGUAUAGGAAGACAAGGGGAAGCCAUUGGGGCUCAAGAGAGAGAAAGCUUCCUUUGUAGGGGCUGUUUUUAGUUCUCCACAAUUUGUUUCCCAGCCAAGUGUUAUGUAACAGGUCAUAUUGACAACGAUCACAAAGGAUGCUCAUCGGAAACAGAUAAACGCAUUCAAGUCAAAUGUUAGGCUGUCUAUAUGCAGGGAAGGGAAGUCUCAGAAAAUGUUAAAUACUUUUGUCUCCUAGAAAUUAUGAAACAGUUUUCUUUUACGCAAAUAUUUAAAAAAAGAAAAUUGAUGGUCAGAGAAGAUACUGCACAUUCCGGAAAUGCUACAAGUAGUUACUCACUGAUAAUGUUACUAUGGCAACAUAGUUCUCAGAGACUGACAAACGAUUUAGUUGGUGUCCGUAUUACCGCCACACCGGACUCAUGACGGCAGUAAAAUUCUAUGUGACUGUUGCGUCAUGGUAAUCUCCUCUUAUGCACUCUGGAUAUGCAUUCGUAGUACCCAACUCGCUAACAAUCAUCAGGUCGCUAAUGGCCUGGUACUCAGGGCUCUAUUGUCCCUCGAACCACUCUGACAUCAAUGCAAACGCACUCUGACAUCAAUAAAAGCACAGUAUGUGUUUUUAAAACUCACCUCACUGUGAUUGAUCAAUUUGAAGAAAGCAAUUCAACAAUAGGUUGACACUGAGUGGGAAACAUGGUCGUUGUGGAUGUUGUUUCAAAACCUAACACAACGAAAUGGACAGCGCUUUCUAAGGUGAUGAUUAAUUAAAAACACCCAUAUGCAUAUUAGAGCUUAUGCAUAAGCAUAGGCCUGUAUAUGAGCCCAAUCCCCCCCCAAAACCUGAAUUAAAAUAAUGAUUGUGCCGUUAUACAAUACAUAACCUACUGCAUAUUACACAUGGCAGAAAAACAUAUACUGAUUAUUAAUACUGAUUUAAAAUCAAAUCAAAUCAAAUUGUAUUUGUCACAUGAAAUGCUUACUUACAAGCCCUUAACCAACAAUGCAGUUUGAAGAAAAUUGAGUUAAGAAAAUAUUUACUAAAUAAAUGAAUAAAAUACAAAUAAACAAGUAACACAAUAAAAUAACAAUAAUGAGGCUAUAUACAGGGGGUACUGGUACCGAGUCAAUGUGCGGGGGUACAGGUUAGUCGAGGUAAUUUGUCCAUGUAGGUAGGGGUAAAGUGACUAUGCAUAGAUAAUAAACAGCGACUGGCAACAGUGUAAAAACAAAGUGGGUGUGUCAAUGCAAAUAGUCCGGGUGGCCAUUUGAUUAAUUGUUCAGCAGCCUUAUGGCUUGGGGGCAGAAGCUGUUAAGGAGCCUUUUGGACCUAGACUUGGCGCUCCGGUACCGCUUGUUGUGCGGUAGCAGAGAGAACAGUCUAUGACUUGGGUGCCUGGAGUCUUUGACAAUUUUUUGGCAGAGCAGUUACCAUACCAGGCGGUAAUGUAACUGGUCAGGAUGCUCUCGAUGGUGCAGCUGUAGAACUUUUUGAGGAUCUGGGGACCAAUGCCAAAUCUUUUCAGUCUCCUGAGGGGGAAAAGGCAUUGUCGUGCCCUCUCACGACUUUCUUGGUGUGUUUGGACCAUAAUAGUUUGUUGGUGAUGAGGACACCAAGGAACUUGAAACUCUCAACCCGCUCCACUACAGCCCCGUCAAUGUGAAUGGGGGCGUGUUCAGCCCUCCUUUUCCUGUAGUCCCCGAUCAUCUCCUUUGUCUUGCUCACGUUGAGGGAGAGGUUGUUGUCCUGGCACCACACUGCCAGGUCUCUGACCUCCUCCCUAUAGGCUGUCUCAUCGUUGUCGGUGAUCAGGCCUACCACCGUUGUGUCGUCAGCAAACUUAAUGAUGGUGUUGGAGUCGUGCUUGGCCACACAGUCGUGGGUGAACAGGGAGUACAGGAGGGGACUAAGCACGCACCCCUGAGGGGCCCCCGUAUUGAGGAUCAGCGUGGCAGAUGUGUUGUUGCCUACCCUUACCACCUGGGGGCGGCCCAGUCAGGAAUCCCAGGAUCCAGUUGCAGAGGGAGGUGUUUAGUCCCAGGGUCCUUAACUUAGUGAUGAGCUUUGUGGGCACUAUGGUGUUGAAUGCUGAGCUGUAGUCAAUGAACAGUAUUCUCACAUAGGUGUUCCUUUUGUCCAGGUGGGAAAGGACAGUGUGGAGUGCGAUUGAGAUUGCGUCAUCUGUGGAUCUGUUGGGGCGGUAUGCGAAUUGGAGUCGGUCUAGGGUUUCUGGGAUGAUGGUGUUGAUUUGAGCCAUGACCAGCCUUUCAAAGCACUUCAUGGCUACAGACGUGAGUGCUACGGGGCGGUAGUCAUUUAGGUAGGUUACCUUAGUGUUCUUGGGCACAUGGACUAUGGUGGUCUGCUUGAAACAUGUAGGUAUUACAGACUCGGGAGAGGUUGAAAAUGUCAAUGAAAACACUUGCCAGUUGGUCCGCGCAUGCUCUGAGUGCACGUCCUGGUAAUCCGUCUGGCCCCGCGGCCUUGUGAAUGUUGACCUGUUUAAAAGUCUUGCUCACAUCGGCUACGAUUUAAGAUGUCUUUGGUACAUAAUUGGUCUAGCCUAAAUUAAACACAUUCAGAUUUAGACUACAAUUAUAGUGAAUUUGUAUUUGAUUUUGAAUAGGCUAGUAAUAUGUUUUUUUUGGGUGUAAUUUCAUAAUUAAUAGGCUGACACAUUACCUUUAGCUACAGAAUAUCUCACCCCCGUAAGUUUCCAUCUCCUCCCUUCUCUCCUUCAUUCCUUUCUCCAGCGCGCAGAGAGAGGGUCUGUCAAAAGUUUUUAAUGAUAUGUUUCGUUGUGAAAACUGUUCUAUCGAGUUCCCGACAGUUUCACUUGGUUUCCCAAAUUAAGCACUGGUGCUGCACGACGGUUGGAGAGCUGCUACAGAUUUGGGCGGAAUAUUCACCUGUACACGAAUACAGAAUAGCCUAUGGAUGAAUGAAACACGUACCUCCUGCCCCAUUCGCAGUGGCAUACGGAAUGUCUAUUGUCUUGCCAUGUUUGCCCAUUUGAUAUGGGCCAUUCUAAAUUGAAGCUAAUUUUACAUAUUAGUAAACACAAGAUUCAAUGGAGAACAGUCUGAUGGGUGAAAAUAUGAUCACUUGAUGAGCAAACGUCAUGUGCAGCCUGAGGCAAGGAACAGAGCGCAAGCUUUUUUUUGGAUUUUCUCAAAUAAUCAAUAGCCUAUAGUCGCAUCAUGCAGCCCAUAUAUCUUUUGACUUCUAAGGUUUGUAUCAUUCACAACGAAAUUUGCCAAAUAACUCUAAAUCUAGCGUAUAGGACCUGUUUCAAAUUGUCCUUUUUUAUGCUCAACAUAGCCACAUCAUAUGCGUGCACCCCGCUCUGGAAUGGGAAAAAUAUCCUUUCUAUUUUAUUCAGCGGUGUUCAGAUGGAGAUACCAAUACAACAGCUUGCUUUUGGAUUACCAGUGCACUGUUAAUAGGAUCACAAAGAUUACCAAUGAUCCAGGUGCCAAUCCCAAAAGCAUCCCCCUAUAUGAUGCCAUUAUGAAAUUCUAAUAUGUUUAGUACUAUAGUAGUAGACAGGGGUAUUCCAGUUCAGGGUUAGGGAGUUUUUACAGUAUUGAUUCAGGUUCAGUGGAAGGAAUCACAACUCCCCUAUUGAUUGGCUAAUUUUGUUUCUACAGUAGCUUAUAAAGGCAGUGUAACUUAGACGUUUGUGCCUGCUAUCUUUUUUAUGGGGCAAUAGUAAUCUCCAGUUCAAUCCAGUUCAAUCUUAAUUGACUAACUGUCACAUGAAUGUCUUUAGGCAUACAUUGUUGACCUCUUUUCAACUCAAUUAAAUAUAUAAUUUAUUCCCUGCUGAGACUGGAGCUGUAAUGGAAUUUACUCCAGCUUUAGUAGAGUACUGUAUGAAUGUGGUGGCUGUAGAAGGAGCAAUCUAGUGCUCUUCUCGUGUCAGAUUAGAAUGGAGAUCACAGUUGGGGCCUGGCCAGGGUGGGGCCCUUCCCUUCCACAGCUGUCCAGCAGAUUGCCUGUGGGAUUACAUUUCUCCCUUCUGUGUUGUUGUAGUCUGGGUUUAGCUCAUCUUUGGACUGAAUUUAAUUCUCGUUCUCCGCAUCUCCCUCCCCCUUUGUCUCUCUCGUGCUCCUCCCUUGUUCUCUCUCUUCCUUUCUAUUUUUGUUUGUGUGUCUCUGUGGGUUAGACAACUUCAGCCUGACAGCAGGUGCUGAGGACUUAGAGCUCUUAAUGAGUGCCACAGGGAUUCUACCCAGCCCCAGCCAUGGCCAGGAUUCCCCCCCAGCAGGCUCCUCCGAAGACAAUGGAGAGGUCCUGAACCUGGACGCUACGCCUGGAGCACUGGACUCCCCACGGACUCUACCACACCACAAGUACUCUGUUCCCAGUGAUAACCACCGCACCCACCUGGCGGCCAACAAGCGGGCCAUGGAUGGCGUGGAGGAUGGAGCUGGUGUGGGGGUGGGCAGAGGGGUGCAGAGCACAGGGUACAGGCCCACGUGGAGAGGCUCCCCCAGGCCCAGCACUCAUAUGCACUUUGACAUCAACGAGCACCUGCCCUGGAUGAUCGUUCUGUUGCUGCUGCUGGUGCUGGUGGUGAUUGUGGUGUGCAGCGUGAAGAGGAGCUCCAGAGUGCUGAAGAAGGGGCCAGUCCAGGACCCCAGCAGCAUCAUUGAGAAGGCCAUCCAGAAGAAGACCUGUCCCCCGACACAGACCAAGGAGAAGUGGAUCUACUACUCCAACGGACAGGGUGAGUGGACGCUUUAUUUUACCUCUCAAAGGUUUAUAGAAAGAAAUGCAACUUUGGUGAUAAGUAUUUUUAGAUGUAGCCGCAUACAUUAUAAAGACAGAAAAAAUAAAACAUAGAAACAAAUCUAUUUUUGGUAUAAAGAGAUAUUGGCGAGACUCUCAGCCAAGAAGACCGACCAUCUGUUGAUCUGUUAUAGCACCAGUGGGGGAAUC